AUGCCAAAGCCAACAAAAAGACCAACACGGAAUGAUCCCGAUUCAGCAGAAGACGACAUAGACCCGACUCCAGCUACCAGUGGCUAUGCAAAUGCUGCCCGGGAGGCUAGUGCUAACGCGAGCUUCCCCGCAAAAACAGGCCUAAUCGCUAACUCUUCGGAGCUAUCAACUGAGGCUCUGCUACAGAGGAUUUCCAUGGCUGUUGCAGAGGAGGGACAGCGCACUCAACAAUCUUUGUUAGAGUCCUUCAACAAGUUCGAGGCCACGGUGGAUGCAAAGCUAAACAGCAUAAUGACGCGCAUUGACGCCGUGGUAGCCACCACCGACGCACUCAGCGUCCGAGUGACCGAAUCAGAAGCACGCAUUUCUGGGCUUGAAGACGGCAUUGCACCGCUAAAAAAGCGCUUGGAUGUAAUGGAGCAAUGCAAUAAGGCUUUAGCAGACAAGGUACUGGACUUGGAAGGUCGAUCUAGACGGGACAACAUCAGAAUAUUAAACCUGAAAGAGGCCACUGAAGGAAGCGACCUAACUAUAUUCUUGGAAGGAUUUAUUCCCAAACUUUUGAAAUUACCCGUCACUUCGGUGCCCAUCGAUCGUGCCCAUCGGGGCUUUGGGGUACCUGGAGAUGGACGUCCGCGCCCGAUCAUCAUCAAACUCCAGCGUUCGCGUGAUGUCAGGGUGAUCAUGACUGCGGCAAAGCGACAAGGGGCCAUACAACACGAUGGAUCCAGCCUGAGGAUCGUGCCAGAUGUUCCACCAAGCGUCAGGAUGGCCAGGAGAGCGUUUAAUGCGGUGUGCUCGGACCUUAUUAAGAAAAACAUACGCUUUCUGAUGGCAUACCCUGCGGUUCUGUCCUUCACCACCGACGGCAUCAAAAAGACAUUUAGAGAUCCAAAUGAGGCUGCAGCUUUUUUGAACAUAAACAUUGGAUCAUAA